UCGCCGCGCGCCUGCGCUCCUUUCCACGUGCGGCAGCCCCGGACUCGUGCAUUCAGGGACGCCGCAGAUUCCCCAGACGGGGCAACUGAUAGCUCGCCAUGAAGCCAGGUUUUAGUCCCCGUGGGGGAGGCUUUGGCGGCCGAGGGGGCUUUGGUGACCGUGGUGGGCGCGGCGGGCGCGGUGGAGGCCGAGGAGGCUUCGGCGGGGGCCGAGGUCGAGGUGGCGGCUUCCGGGGCCGGGGCCGAGGAGGAGGGGGAGGCGGCGGCGGUGGAGGAAGAGGUGGCGGCUUCCACGCUGGGGGCAACCGGGGUCGUGGACGGGGAGGGAAGAAGGGGAACCAGUCAGGGAAGAAUGUGAUGGUGGAGCCUCAUCGGCACGAGGGGGUCUUCAUUUGUCGAGGAAAGGAAGACGCGCUGGUCACCAAGAACCUGGUCCCUGGAGAAUCUGUUUAUGGAGAGAAGAGGGUCUCGAUUGCGGAGGGAGAUGACAAAAUUGAGUACCGGGCCUGGAACCCCUUCCGCUCCAAGCUGGCGGCGGCAAUCCUGGGCGGCGUGGACCAGAUCCACAUCAAACCCGGGGCCAAGGUGCUCUACCUCGGGGCCGCCUCGGGCACCACCGUCUCCCACGUGUCUGACAUCGUGGGCCCGGAUGGGCUGGUCUACGCAGUUGAGUUCUCCCACCGCUCUGGCCGUGACCUCAUUAACUUGGCCAAGAAGAGGACCAACAUUAUCCCCGUGAUAGAGGACGCCCGGCACCCACACAAAUACCGCAUGCUCAUCGCAAUGGUGGAUGUGAUCUUUGCUGAUGUGGCGCAGCCAGACCAAACCCGGAUCGUGGCUCUCAAUGCCCACACCUUCCUGCGGAAUGGAGGACACUUUGUGAUUUCCAUUAAGGCCAACUGCAUCGACUCCACCGCCUCGGCCGAGGCUGUGUUCGCCUCGGAGGUGAAGAAGAUGCAGCAGGAGAACAUGAAGCCCCAGGAGCAGCUCACGCUGGAGCCGUAUGAGAGGGACCACGCUGUGGUCGUGGGCGUGUACAGGCCGCCGCCCAAGGUGAAGAGCUAAAGUUCAGUGCUGUGUGGAUGUCGAGAGAUGCGUGUUGUGCCGUGGCUCCUGUGUUUUUCUAUUAAAAUGACUUCUCCGUGG